UACGAGAAAACGAAUAUCGCGUUUCAGAUAACAGAUAAUAAAAUGAAAGUGAUAUUUGGUGUUGUUUUACUAUUCGUGGUUACUCAUGGUUUAGGUGAAUCUUUAGCGAACGCCGUACUGAAAUCAAAAUAUUUUGUGGAUAAUGAAGUUGAAGAGACACUAAAGAAAAAUAACUUGGUUGCGGUUUUGUCAAAAUUAGAACAAUCAUUUGAUAUUUAUUUCGAUUUAAAACUCAACAGUUUCUCAGAUGGAUUUAGAAGUGUCAUUCAUUUGACUAUAGGAGAGGAUAAUUCGAAAUACGGUGAUCGAAUUCCUGGCAUUUGGGUUUCUAAUCAAAAGUUACUCGUUGCUUUUGCAAUAAACAAUAAUAAAAAUGAAUAUUUUGAAUCCAAGCCACUUCAACGAGGCCAGUGGAUAAAUAUUCAUCUACGUCAACACGCUGAAUCGGGAAGAGCUUCUUAUACUUUAUAUAUCAAUAACGAAAAUGUAUAUACUGUACCAAACUUAAACCCACAAGUAUUUACAAAUGUCAAAGUUUACGCUGGAGAUCCGUGGUACGAAAAUCAGGAUGGCUCUAUUAAAAAGUUCAAUGUCAUUAGUGGAUAUUCAGAUUUUGUGGAUAAAGAAGAUGAAGAGACACUAAAGAAAAAUAACUUGGUUGCGGUUUUGUCAAAAUUAGAACAAACGUUUGAUAUUUAUUUCGAUUUAAAACUCAACAGUUUUUCAGAUGGAUUUAGAAGUGUCAUUCAUUUGACUAUAGGAGAGGAUAAUUCGAAAUACGGUGAUCGAAUUCCUGGCAUUUGGGUUUCUAAUCAAAAGUUACUCGUUGCUUUUGCAAUAAACAAUAAUAAAAAUGAAUAUUUUGAAUCCAAGCCACUUCAACGAGGCCAGUGGAUAAAUAUUCAUAUACGUCAACACGCUGAAUCGGGAAGAGCUUCUUAUACUUUAUAUAUCAAUAACGAAAAUGUAUAUACUGUACCAAACUUAAACCCACAAGUAUUUACAAAUGUCAAAGUUUACGCUGGAGAUCCGUGGUAUGAAGUUCAAGAUGGCUACAUUAGAAAGUUCAAUGUCAUUAAUGGAUUUUUAUUUGGAAAAAAGGAAUUGAAAAAGGACGCCAUACGAAAAAAGGUGUUUAGGUUAAUUAAUUAAUAUAUGUCAACGACUUGAUUUUUUUAUUCAAAUUUGUUGUUUUUGUAGUAUGCAAUUUUUGAUGUUUUGAAUUUGUAUUUUUUAUUACAAAAUACAUCUUUCGCAUUGCAUUC